UCAUCGUCGUCUCCGGCUCAGAUCUGCCUCGCGGACGCAGAGGGAGCACGAGCACGAGCCCCACCACCCACGAUUCCACGAGCAGGUGCCCUGUCCCCUUCCCAUUCGCUGGCAGUUGGCAGCUCUUCCCCUCUCCCCGCACCUCACGAUCUCUGCCCGAUCCCCAUCCCGCGCCGCCGGGCGACCGACGGGAGGCGCACCGCCGCACGGUCCGGCGGCGGUGUCAGCGUGUCGCGCGGCUGCUCUGCUGGGGCGCAAGAGGCAUUUCGUACCUCCUGCUGUUCGUGCUCGCACGGCAGGAACGAGCCUGAGGGCGAGCAGCGAUGAAUUUCCUCUACCGGACCGCGCAGUCCGAGCUGCCGCGGAUCCCCGAGCAAGAUCACCGCAAGGAUGAAUCCUCGCACAAGAGUGCGAAAACCCUGGAGGGUCUUAUCGCGGAUGAUCCAUACCGCACCCCUGUGUCCGCUGAAGAAGAUGGAGCUGGUAAUAACGGAGUGGGAGAGAUCGGCGGGGAUGCUGCUAGUGCUGCGUCUUCAGAUUCGAAAAGUUCAGCUCCGACGGGAAAGCAUAGCGAUGUUUCAGAGGACGAAGGGUGGAUCACAAUUCCAGACACGGAGCUCCCUGAAAAUUGGAAUGAUAUUUCGGACAUGGCUCAGUUGCGGCCUUUGGACCGUUGCUUCCUUUUUCCUGGCGAGCAGGUUCAUAUAAUGGCGUGUCUGUCAGCCUCUCAGCAAGAUGCGCAGGUCAUAUCUCCAUUUAGAAUUGCUGCUGUGAUGUCUAAGAUUGAAAAUUCUCUGCAACACUCCACAAAUGAAACUAGUCCUGUCAGUGAAAAUGGUGAUGCUAAUGGAACAGCCGGGGACAGUAGUUCUCACGGUGUCGAGGAUAACAUGGAGAGUGUUGAACUCAGUGACAAAGAAUCUCCUUCAAAACAAGAUAUUAUGGAGACUGAAUCUCUCCUUCGAAUGGAAGAUCACAAACUACAAACAGAAAACAUGCUACGAAGAUUCAAAAGAUCUAAUUUUUUCGUCCGAAUUGCGGAGUCUGAUGAACCUCUCUGGUCCAAGAAAAGAGUAGCUGCAACUAAGACGACAGAUGAACAAUCAUAUUCAGAUAGCCAGGGAAACAGCAAGGUUUCAAGGAGUAAUGUUUAUAAUACCAUCUCUGAUAAAGGGUUUUUUGAUGGUAGCACAUCUGGAGGAGUCGCUCGUGAUACUGCAAGGUGCUACGCUCUGCAGAAUGGAGACAUCGUGGUUAUUUUGCAAGUGAAUGUUGGUGUUAGCAAUAUGGAAGAUCCAGUGCUUGAAGUUCUUCAAUUUGAGAAGUGUAUAUCUAGCAAUUAUAUACGUGAGAAUCUUGUUGAUGGAGUUCCUAACGCUAUUGAGGAUCCUUGUCGAGAGCUUCUUAGCUGGUUGCUCCCUUUAGAUCGCACACUACCUCCUCGUUCUUUAUCACCUGCUACUCUCAAUCCUAGUAUAUCACACAAGCAAUCUUAUUCUGCUCCAGGGUCUCAAAUAUUUUCAUUAAGUCACUUCAGAAGCUAUUCAAUGCCUUCACCCUCCUCUGCUCAGUCUCCCAACAUAAGACCACAACCAAUAUCUGAAACUCAGGAGUUUGUGCCUGAAAAGCCUGCAAAAACACCUGAUGUUAUAAAUGAUGGGCAGCUUUCCUUUAGAGGAGUUCCUUUGGAGCCUGAACGCUAUUCUGUGCGUUGCGGUCUAGAAGGUGUAUAUUUACCUGGGAAAAGAUGGUCGAAAAAAGUUGAAAUCAUCCAACCAAUUGAAGUCCAUUCUUUUUCUGCCAAAUGUACUGCAGAAAAUCUUCUUUGUGUCUUGAUAAAGAACAUUGCUCCACAGCAUGUGGAAGAUAUAGUUGUAUUCAUAGAUGCAAUCACUGUUGUCUUCGAGGAGGCAUCCAAAGGAGGUUCUCCUUUGUCACUACCAAUUGCCAGUAUUGAGGUUGGGCAUGGUCACAGUUUACCAAAUCUGGCACUCAGGAGGGGUGAGGAGCACUCGUUUAUUCUCAAGCCAGCAAUUAUGUCCUCUAGGGAUCGAAGGAGCAACAGUGUUGUGCCUCUGACUUUGUCACUCCCAAAGAUGACUGGAGCUGCCACAAAUGCUUCUGUGCCAAGAGUUAGCGAGUCCAGUGUUCCUCUUACUGAUCAGUAUGCUGUACUUGUAUCAUACCACUGCAAUUACACAGAAUCAAAACUAUUUUUCAAGCAGGCUACAAGCUGGCAACCUUGUGCAGCUAGUGAUCUUAUGAUCUCUGUAUCUUCUGAACUGUCAUUGCGAAAUCCUAGCCCGAGUGCUCGAGUUCCUCAACUCCCUGUGCAGGUCUUAACCCUUGAAGCUACUAACAUGACAUCAGAAAACCUCACAUUAACUGUCCUUGCACCAGAAGCAUCUGGUUCUUCUUCAGUUGUAUCCUUGAACUCGGCUCCAACCACACCAAAUGGUUCUUAUGAUAAUCUAAAUGAGCCUGUGAGAAGAUCUGGCUUGGGAAAGCAUGGAAUGGGUUUUCAGAGACUGAAUUCAGUCGUUGCAGGCUCUCCAAAAGAAAGUGACAAUGGAGGAAAUAGAAUGAGUACUUCGGCUGGCUGUACUCAUCUCUGGUUGCAGAGUGCAGUUCCUCUAGGGUGUAUUCCUGCACGUUCAAGCACCACUGUAAAACUUGAGCUGCUUCCAUUAACAGAUGGGAUCAUUACACUGGAUACACUGCAAAUAACAAUAAAGGAGAAAGGCCUUACAUACAUACCGGAGCACUCCUUGGAGAUACACGCAUGUUCUGGCAUUUCAGCAGGGAGGCCAUAGGAAUUAGCAGUGCAUUGCUCAAUGUCUUGGGAGUCUGCGGCUCAAUCUCUGCACGGAGUGUGAGGCCAACUGCGCAGCUGCUCGUUUGUAUUGGAUGUUAGACAUGUAAGCUCUUAUGGAGGGAUCCCGGAGCUGAGCCCGAUAACACUCUUUCUACCCAAGAUGAUGGUCUCUGCAGUAACUGGAGAAGACGAGACCAAGGUUUGUGUAACCGGGUUUGCAGAUCCAUUCGUACACGGAGUACCGAGCUAUUGGGCAGGAUCAUCGAAAGCCUGUAAUGUUGUGUUGCACAGUUUGAUUCCUUUUUGUGGUUUUUAGGAUCCCGGCCAUUGACCUUUUAGUCGACAGGCAGAUGUAUCAUGUGGUGUAUUGGAAGGAGAAAUUUGUGGAUCGCUGUAUUGUUUCUGGUACCUUAGGUCAGCUGGAUCUUGGCGGCCUAUAUUUUCUUGUUCUCGGUUUAUUUCCCAGCUCUUGGCAGAUUUGGCUGUACAUUCAUAUUAUGUCUUUAGACACAAGUUGAUAUUCUCAUUGUACUAAAUGCUAAUGUUUUUUUGAACGUAAAUUGGAUGCCUGGAUCUUAUCGGA